GUAGAUAUUUCCUGAAGCUCAUUAACCUAAAAAGCAGCUGCUCUUCCUGUUCCUCUUCCACAUCAAACUUGAUCAUAACCUGUUUCAGCGCUUAGAUUACGCUGUAUUAUGCAUCUUCUAAUUUCGCUGUUGCUUUCAGCCCUGGGUGCCUGUGAGGCAGUGUAUUGGCAGAAGCUGAGAUGUCCAUAUGACCUAAAGCACGAGAGCCUGCAAAGGGUUUGGUGUAAGCAGAGCUCCACCGAUUGCUGCACUGGCCUCACCUUCAGCCAGAAUGCCCAUUUAGUGGAUGGAGGCAAACUGAAGGUGACCCAAGGCUCUGACUUUUUCACUGUGGCAGUGUUGGAGCUGCGCCAUGGAGAGGGAGUGUACUGGUGUGGUGUGCUGAGCAUAAAUGACACCCUCAUCAAGCUAGCUGGUGACUACUUUCACAGCUCUUCUGUUACCUAUAUCUGGAGCUUCACUCGCUGGUUUCUGCUACCUCUGCUGCCCAUGGUGACCAUAUUCACCAGUGUUUACUGCAGAACAACAACAAAACACAGUUGUAAGAAACCAGAGGAACCAGACGAUGAUACCGCUACGAGCAGAGCACUGACUGAUCCAUAUGAAAAUGCAGCAUCUGUCUGUGAGCUGGAAUAAUAAGGGAAAUGUUCAAAUGCUGUCUCAUCUUAAUUUGGCACCAGACAGAACAGAAAAAUAAAGUCCAGAGGUCCA